ACUAAUUACUCAACAAAAAUUAAUUACAUAAAUGGUUGACAACACAUACUGUGUAUGUUAAUUAAACUUAUUGUUUAGUAUUAUCAUCUAUUAUUUUAUUAUAUAUAAAAAAACUCUUAACUAUAACCCACCCACCCCUCCGCCAUCCUCCCCGGUGUCAUCAAAAAAAUGUUAUUUACCUAUAUGUUUAGCUACCGUUUUAUGGUGGCCGUCAUAGUGAUCACUCAUAUGAUACUGACAGUGGUCAUUGCUGAUAAACCAGCCAAGAAAAAAUCAGAUGAUGGACCGCCCAAAUCGGAUCCCAAACCAUUUAAACCUAAGCCCUAUAAGGGCAAACUCAAGGCACUGUCACCACAACAGGUCGAGUUUGCCAAAGCGUUUUACGCCAAUCUUAUGAAAGAUCAGAGCAAAAAGUUUGCGGAAAUGGAUGUCGACUCCGGCAAAAAAGGUGCCAAAAAAGUGGCCAAAAAAGAUGAAGACGAAGAUAAAAUGCUGAAAGCGUCGGCCGAUGACGCAGAUGAUGAAGAAGAGGAAAAGGGUGAAGAAAAGGAAGACUCAGAAGACAAGUCUAAGUCUAAAAAAUCUAAGUCUAAGUCUAAGUCUAAGCCCAAACCUAAGUCCAAGUCUAAAAAGUCUAAGAGUAAGUCUAAGCCUAAGUCUAGAUCUAAUGAGGAGGAAGAAGAGCCAACAGAAGCUCAAGAGUCCGGCGGUGGCGGCGGCGGUAAUGGUCCUGACCAUAUGGGAACACUUCCGCCAAAAGCCAGUGGCAUGAAGAUGGCGGCCAGCGGUGGUAUGCAGUUUUUCGACCAGAUUAUACACUAUUAUGUACCAAUGGGUGAUCCAUAUGGAGGAAUGCCUGAUGGUUUACUAUCAAUGGGCAAGUGGUGUGUAGAGUUCUGGAUCAAGGGUGCACUGGGCAUCAUGUAUACCACUGUCCGCUAUCCACACAAGAUUAUGCUUAAGAUGCUGAUAGCCAUAUCUGCAUUAACUUGGAUACCGAUGAACUUUAUCUACUGUGCCAAUCCGUUUUCUAUGGCCAACUUUAUUGCCAAAAGUAAAAUAAUCAACCGAUCACACGAUAAAUUGGCAAAAAUACAUAAGGAAUGGAAGAUCCGAUUGGCUAAUCUAUUGGAUAAGGUUAUCAAAAAAGAGGAUAUGUUCAAAGUUGCUUGCUGCGGUUUUGCCGAAUGGAAACGCAAGUCAAUUGAGGCCAUAGCCGAUGAGGGCAAAGAGUUUGCCGCCCGUUGGUUUGCCAGCUUCUUCAAGAUGCACCAGCUUGUAUAUUGCUCUGAUUAUCAAGAUGGAUCGGAUUUGUGCCAGGGCAUUGAAUAUAUUGAUGAUGAACCAAUUAGAGUACUACCCCGAUCAUGGAUAACAUUGUUUCUGGAAAAAUGUACCAAAUUUUUCUAGAUUUAGAUUUUUUUUGUGUGCAAAAAAAUUAUUUGCAAAUUUUUUUCCCGUGUAUAAAAUAAAUAAAUAAAUA